UUAUAUAAAAAUAAGUCCGGUUUUCCUCCCUGACGCUAUAACUCCAGAACGCACGAACCGAUUUCCACGGUUUUGCAUUCGUUGGAAAGGUCUUGGGCUCCGUGAGGUUUAUAGCAAAGAAAAUUCUGGAAAAUUCAGGAAAAAUUCAACAGAAAAGUGGGGAAAUCGUUUUUCACAUACAGCGCCAUCUAUUAUACAUAGCAUGUACUUCAAACCAAUAGCAACGGUGCGUGAUAAAGUGUGUGACAGAUAUCAUUAUUCUCUGUUCAGUUAAUUUCAUUUAUUGUAAAUUAUAUGGAUCGUGCAUUUGAAGUUAAAUUCAACACUAUGUCCAUAGUCCAAAAUGCCUAGAGAACGACGUGCGAACAUCGGCCGCCGCACAAGACAUGCAAGCCAGCAACAAGUCUAUUCAAGGAACUUAAGAGAAGAAAGACAAAAUAUAAUAAGAGAAAAUGACCGAUUGAGACAUCGCGUGAGCACACGAAGAUCAUUGGCAUCAUACAAUCGCUUGGCAUUCCAAUAUGAUCCCACUGCGAACUACAGUGAUGAUGAAAAUUUGGAUAUUGGACGAAUGACGACUAUAUGCCGAUAUUGCAAUGCGGUAAAGUUCAAAAGAGAAACGGUUGGAUUGUGCUGCGCAAGUGGAAAAGUCAAACUGGAUCCAUUACUUACACCACCACAGCCACUGAAAACAUUGUUUGAUGGAAGUGAUCCCGAUUCCAGCCAUUUUCUUCAACACAUCCUUGAAUACAAUAACUGCUUUCGCAUGACUUCCUUUGGAGCUAAUAUCAUUCGAGAAGGCGGCUUCAUGCCGACUUGCAAGAUACAAGGUCAAAUAUAUCAUUUGCAUGGUUCAAUGGUGCCAACACCAGAUGAACCGCAUCAAUUUCUGCAAAUAUAUUUCAUUUCGUCGAUGGUGGAUCAGCUGAACGUGCGGUGCAAUAUACAGGGAGCACAACAGUUAAAGAGACGAAUUAUUGAACAGUUGCAAGCAUUUUUUCACGCUAAUAAUGCUGUGGUUAAUAUGUUCAAAACAGCAUUGGAACGAAUGCCAUCGGAUACGCACAAAUUUGUCAUAAGAGCGGAUUGUACUCCGACAGGUGAACAUGUGCGAAGAUUCAAUGCACCCACCGUUUAUGAUGUUGCUGCAAUUAUUGUUGGCGAUCCAACUAAAUCACGAGACAUUGUCGUUCAGCGAAGAAGCAAUAUCAUGCAUCGUGUAAACGAGACACAUCGUUUGUACGAUGCGUUACAAUAUCCAAUCAUUUAUUGA